AUGGAUGCUGGCGGCGGGGACGGCGGAGGGGAUGGCGGCAGGGGUCGCGGACCCGGCCCCGGGCCGGCUCUGGCAGUCCACGGGGCGCUGAUGGCUGCUAGCGGUGGCAGCCGUCUCCUGGUGGCGCGGUACAGGGAGCCCGGUGAUGAUGGUCUGUUCGUGUAUGAUUGCAUCAGUGCAGAGAAGACUACAUUAGAAAAUAAAGGGCAGGAUGGGAAACCAACAGAUAAAGGAAGUGAUGACAUCCUAGCUUUUGCCUUCUCUCCAUCAGGCAAUUACUUUGCCUUGACAGAUGACAGCAAACGUCUGAUACUGUUCUGUACGCAGCCCUCCUGGGAGCGUGUUAGUGUCAGGUCAGUGAGCAGGAGAUGUACUUCCCUAGUUAUUACAGCUGCAGAGGAUAAGAUUCUGGUUGCAGACAAGUCUGGUGAUGUCUAUUCUUACUCAAUAAUAGAACCCCAAGCAAAUGGAAAACUUGAGCUGGGUCACUUGUCUUUGCUAUUGGAUGUGGCACUGAGUCCUGAUGACCGGUAUAUCAUAACUGCAGACAGAGAUGAGAAGAUCAGAGUCAGCUUGGCAAAGGCUCCUCAUAAUAUUGUAUCCUUCUGCCUGGGACACAAAGAGUUUGUAAGCAAAAUACUUGUAAUACCCAACUAUCCUGACCUGCUGUUGUCAGCUUCUGGGGAUUCGACUCUGAGACUUUGGGAGUACAAAAGCGGGGAAGAAGUGUACUGCUGUCAUCUAAGUAGCAUCUGUGAGCCUGAGACAACCAAAACUGACCAGAAGUAUCCUGUGUCGAGAAUAACCUACUGCUGUCAAGGUGGUUAUGUUGCCAUUCUAUGUGUCUGUAUUUCCACAGUCUACAUCUUUCAUCUUGAUGCUAUUGCCCGGCAGCUAGUUCACAGACAGCAAAUCUCUUUGAAACAGAAAAUUUGGGACAUUGCAUUUGAGGAAACAGGAAAUCUAUGGAUUUUGGAAGAAGACAGUGAGGCUCCUCUUCAAUUGUAUAGACCAUGUGAUGGAGAGUGGAAGCCUGUAUUUGAUGACAAAGGAUUACAGAAGAUGUCAAAAUAUCUUCAAGACAACUGGACAGUUUUUCAAGGUUUUGUUGGUGCAGAGAGCCACUACAGCAGCCUCUACAAGGCUUCAUUUGAUAACAUGGCUGCCUACCUGCAGAAGAAAGAGGAACGAUUACAGCAGCAGAAAAAGAAAAAGCAGGAUUUGCAUGGUUCCAAUGGUCAAACCAAAAAGUUGAAAACUGAAGAAUCAUCAUCACUAUGACCCUGUCGUUAGUUUGCAGCUUUUACCUUGCUGAACGGAACCAAUCUGACCAUGGGCUGUUUUUUAAAAGUAAACUGAAUUAUGGAAGACCUGAUUAAGCUUGUAUUCAGAUCCAAGUUUUCAGGUAGCCUGAUACAAAAAACAUAUAUUACAAUAUGCCUAAGCUUCCAAGUGUUAGCAGUUCUAUCCUAGGAAUCUCUAAAAGCAUGAGAUAUGAAUAUUGGAGGUGGUCUUUUCCUUGAAACAGGAUUUUCUUUUUGCCUACUGUGUUCAGGCUUUCAUCUUCAGGUGGAAGUGCAUGGAUUAAAAUUGAUGUAAUUUUGUUUGUUUCUUUUUUUUGUUUGGGUUUUUUAAAAAAACUUUUUAAAAGAUCUGUUAGUUAAUGUAAGUAACUUGGCCUACCUGGGAAAGGGAAUAUUGCAAAAUUCUUGCUGUAUAUGAAAGAUUUUAGCUGAGACUUCACCAUCUCUGGUUUUACCCUUUACCUUCAGUUUAUAUGGUAUGGAUUCUGCCUAUCUUCUAAUCCAUUGCUUGGUAAUUGUGUCAUAUUUCUAUAGCAAGAAGAGCAAAAAUAGAUUUUAUAUGCUGGAAAAUAAAAG